CGCGUGUACGAACAGGCAGAGAGCCUCCGAGGUCCGAGUCUGCGUCGGCAGCAGAGCCCCUGCUGGAGCCGUGGAAGUAGAAUCGCGAAGGCUGUCUGUAUUAAAGACGCAUUUCAUUGCAGCAACGCGGUCUGAACCCCGGGGGUUGUACUUAAUAGCAAGCACUUGGACUUGGCGUCUGCCUGGGCAUUCCGAUACUAUACGGUGCAUUUCAUGCGCAGAAGUGCGGAAUUGGACGGGUGCCUAGCUGUGCGAUAUGAUAUGAUUCAGUCGCCGAUGGGAGGUAUUGUUGAAGUAAGGCGAGCAGCCCUUGUCAUCCAGCGUAUCGGUGUGGGCGUGUGAAGGCAGCGUGGUCGGUAAUCACCGCAUCCCGCACAUAAUCCGUUUUCUGAUGGGGCACAGACGGGGCUCCCCGGGGAGUCGGGCCGAACUAAAGACCCGUUUCUAAUCGCGAUUUUUGCGAUACAAGAACCAGAAGCGCACCAAAUGCCAAACAGUCUGAAAGUACACUAUGGAUUUCGACAAACUGGCGACGUUGUGGAUUCUGUGUCUGUGCCUCGCGGGGAAGUGUCUCGCGGACAAGCCGGGUCAAGUGCACGCGGACCAGCAGCAUGUUGAUGAAGGCCUGUCAGAGCUGUGUCGGUUCGAGGAGGCGCUCUGCCAGGACGAGAACGCCGUGCUCAGCUUCGAGGCCCUCCGCAGCAUCCACAUGCAGAUGGACGACGACGCCAACGGCAACGUGGACGUGUCCGAAACCGACGGGUUCCUCAGGGAGGAUCUGCACGACCACAACCCCAAGGCCAAGCACAACAGCUUCCACCGUGCGGACCUGCUGAUCAGCGUGGAGGACAUGUGGAACACCUGGAGGAGCUCCGAGGUGUACAACUGGACGGUGGAAGAGGUGGUGGAGUGGCUGACUGGCUGUGUGGAGCUGCCGCAGUAUGAGGACGCCAUCAAGAAGACGGGCAUCAAUGGGAGCGCCAUGCCCAGGCUGGCGGUGAAGAACACCACCCUCACCAUGUCCAUCUUAAAGAUCCUGGACCGGAGCCACGCCCAGAAGCUCCAGCUUAAAGCGCUAGACACAGUUCUGUUUGGACCCUCUCUGAAGAACAGGCACAGCCACCUGAAGGACUUCCUGCUGGUGGUCUCCAUCGUGGUGGCGGUUGGCGGCUGCUGGUUCGCCUACAUGCAGAACCGCCACUCCCGGGACCACAUGGCCAAGAUGAUGAAGGACCUGGAGUGGCUGCAGAGGGCGGAGCAGAGCCUCCACGACCUGCAGCAGAAGCUGCAGCAGGCUCAGGAGGAGCACCGCUCGGUGGAGGUGGAGAAGGUGACCCUGGAGCAGCAGCUGCGGGACGAGAUAAACGCCGCCAAGCAGGAGGCGCAGCGGCUCAGGGAGCUGCGCGAGGGCACCGAGAACGAGCUCAGCCGGCAGAAAUACGCAGAGGAAGAGCUGGAGCAGGUGCGCAUGGCCCUGAAGAAGGCGGAGAAGGAGCUGGAGUCUCGGAGCAGCUGGUCUCCACCCGAAUCACUGCAGAAGUGGCUGCAGCUGACUCACGAGGUGGAGGUGCAGUACUACAACAUCAAGAAGCAGAACGCUGAGCGCCAGCUGCUGGUGGCCAAGGAGGGGGCAGAGAAGAUAAAGAAGAAGAGGAACACCCUGUUUGGGACCUUCCACGUGGCCCACAGCUCCUCGCUGGAUGACGUGGAUCAUAAAAUCCUGACGGCGAAGCAGGCUCUGGGGGAGGUGACGGCCGCCCUGCGGGAGAAGCUCCACCGCUGGCAGCAGAUCGAGAUGCUGACGGGCUUCACCAUCGUCAACAACCCGGGCCUGCCCUCGCUGGCCUCCGCCCUCAACCUGGACCCCAGCUUCAUGGGGGGGCGGAGCCCGCCCCAGCACCUCAUCUUCUCUGACGACAUGGACGACAUGGACGAGGACAUCAUGUCGCCGGGAACACUGCAAUACGCCGCCUGGCAGAUGGACCGGCGAGUGAGCGACCUCUGGCCCAUGUGUUCCGACAGUCUGUCGCCGUGGAAACAGUCCGCCCCCAGCCUGAUGUCCCUGCGGCAGCGGCACGUUGACCCCCAGCUCUCGGGGGGCUCUCAGAGGUUGGUAGAGGGGCGUCCUCCCACGGGGCAGCAGGGAGAGGGGGGCGGCUCGCACCCGUCCCGGCCCCGCCCCUUCCGCCGGCAGACCCGCAGCCACUCCAUCGGGCAGCUGGAGUUCUCCCCGCUGCCCCCUCUCUCCUCCUCCGUCUCUCAUCCCUCCAUCAUCUGCUCCUCCUUCGGCCCCUCCCCCCGCCACUCCGGCUCUUUCUGCCCCGCCUCCGCUUUCCUGCCGUCGGACGGUCUCCCGGGGCUGCCCCCCACGGGCGAGGAGGCGCAGUCCAAACGCUCCGGAAGUUUCGGGGACCUGAACCGCUCGGACUCGGACUCCUCCCUCUGCCUCUCCCACUCGGCCGAUCAGCUCCGCCUGGCCGCCUCCUUCGGCUCCCGGGGCCACGCCCCCGUCAGGCCCACCUCCCUCCUGGCCGGCCACGCCCCCAACGGCGGGGCCCGCCUCCCGGAGGGCGGAGCCGACAGCCCGCUGGUGAUGAAGAGGGCGUACGUCAUCGAGAAGUCGGCCAGCCUCGGCGAGAUCAACACCACGCUGGUGGGCCUGUCCCAGUCCGAGUCCUCCCGCUCCCUGAGCCCCGCCUCCACCGAGCUGGACACGCCCUCCCCCGCGGGGGUCGCCCGGGGCAACGGCAGCCGCAUCCCCCAGUUCACCGCCAAGAAGAGCCCCCUGGAGGAGGACAGCGGCUCAACGGGCGAGGACACGGACUCCACCGCCUCCCGCAAGAAACACACUUUCAAGAUCUUCAAGAAGCAGAAGAAGUGAAGUGACAACCCUGCGCUCUUUUCUGAAAUUAGUUUUUUUUUAUUUUCGGUCCUUGGUUUAAAAAAAAUUGAGAUUUAUCUGUUCACCAGUGUGUCACCUGACACGGUGAUUGAUUGGCAGGUACUUUAUUUUUAUCUUUCAAAUUUCUUUCCGGAGGGAUAACUGCGGGAGCAGUCGGUUAUUUUAGUUUUUCAGGUAUAAAUACUUUGUAGGUGUUUCCUAUUUUUUUUGGCUUUAGGUUAUUUUUUUAAUGACUUUGGUCAUUGGGCCAGAGUGAGCAGAGGUCUGAAUGUAUAGCGCUAUUUAUUCUUCAGGAUACAGUGCCAGUUUCACAGGGGAAUCCUCCCGCGGUCUUUGUGGAUUCUGUAGCUUUAAAUCGGUCGGUUAUUUGCAUGUCCAGGUCUUUGUUUGAUUGACAGUGUUACACUUUUAGGUGUUUGCUUGGUCUGUGCCUCUUUUCCCAGCACGGGAUACAGACGCUGUCCUUCUCCUUUUUUUUGGGGGGGGGGGGGGGGGUCCUGCCCUUCCCCCCUCCACACCCCCCUUUUCUGUGCUGACAAGAAGGGUUGUACCGUGUGACCAAACGACAGUUCUCACAUUUCUCAACAACGCACAAACGCACAGGAGACGCGCGGCCGCUGACGGCGGCAUUGGGGUCUCACAGACGUCCCGCGCGCGGUCGACCUCCGGGCCCCGCGGACCCCCGUACGGGGCACAGAGGAGCCGAAAUCAUUCCCGUUUACUCUCUACUCCUGUCUAUGCAUGCCUGGGAAGAGAUCACUGCAGCUCCACAGAGCAGCAGGAACCGCCUCAGCUCUGCAUGUGAUGUGGGACGGUCUGGAACUCCUGUUAGUUUACAGAGAGGAGCUUCUGCUCUUUGGUCCACAGUCGCAGGACUGCUGGGAUACGUGCAGCUCGAUGCUGCAGGACGCUGGAGGACCCCCCUUAAUCUUCCUUUCAGACCAAAAUUUCACAGAGAAAUGUGUGUGCCAUCCCAGAAUGCCCUGGGGCAAUGAUGAGUGGUAUCCCAGAAUGCCCUGUGGCAAUCAAUCCCAGAAUGCCCGGGGGCGAUAACUGAUAUGACGGAAUGCCACGAGGAAAUGGGAGACCUCCCAAAAUGCCCUGGGUGCUGUCUCAGAAUGCCAGAAUGCCAAAUGUUUGAUAUCCCAGAAUGCCCUGGGUGAUGGGCCCCUUUAUUCAUAAAUCAUCAGAGCGAUGGAGCCGAUGCUGGAACAGCACUCCUGCUGUCAGACCCUUUGUGAAUACAGGUAGAGUUCUGUGCCUUUUGGAAUGGGUGGGUCGACCGCCUCCCGGGAUCCCGGCUCGGGACCGAAGGACUAUGCAGGUGUGUGGCGUUCGGUCCACCAGAGGGGCCGAUUGGUCUCGGCCCCAAACUGUGGAGAGCAGCGCACCUUUAAGCACCUGGGCUGAUUAGCUAACGCAGCCCAGGUGCGUGUGCUCUCUCCACCAGCCGGCGCAGCCGAGACCAAUCCGCCCCUCCGGCGGACAGAAUGCCUCCAGGUGUAACCCACCAAUCACAGAACACGGUGUAACCCACCAAUCACAGAACACGGUUUGUUUCUGGUUUCUCCCAGGAUGAGGUUGGUAACAUUACCUUCAAAAAAAAAAUUCUGAGUUUAAAGAGAGAAGGUUGUUUUUUUUUGUUGUUUUUUUUUUGGAGCAUCGGCCGUUUAUAUUUAUAUAAACAUUUAAAAAUGAAUUUGUAUGACUUUGUUUUGCACGAUGACGCUUUGAUUGGAUACUGCUGUCAGACAGUGUAUCGUCUGUCUGUCUGUCCGUCUGUCCUUCCCCCGCUGGUGUACUAUGAUCCUCUCCACAGUCUAUGCAUGCCACCUGAUGCCACUCCCAGAUGGCAGAAUUAUAGGGGCAAG